GCCAUUUUUUGCUCCUGAGCCUUCUACUUCGCUCUCUUCACACGGAGAUGAACGGGGAUUACUGCACGCUGCGCGUGGCUUGUCGCUUAGCGUCGUCAGAAAUACAAAGAAUGCACGUGGCUGAUCGGCCACCUAGGCUUAAAGCCCAUCAAGUUCCUGCCCAAUUCCUCCCGUCGACGAGCAACCCAUCCUGCGUUGCGGACGUCUACGCUCGUACAGCAUCUCCAGGAUGACGGACAAGGCAGCCGAGUUUGCCAGGCUUUCCAGCUUCUUCUCUUGUUUAGCCUCUGGUGAUCAUCGCUCUAUCUCACCAGAGUUUAUCUUCAAAAGUUCCGCGCCUGUCGUGCGCACCAGAGCGUACUCGGAGGCGUCAAUCCCCCUACGACAGGCCCAAGCGCAGGCAAAUCCCUCAUCCUUCACCGACUACUCUUUUCCUCCACCGCGAGCUUCUGCAUCACGAGAGAAGACGGACGCCGUUCGCGACGAUGACGCGAUGGCCGUCGAUGAGCAACAGCCGCGCUCGAAUGAACACGUCGCUGAUCCGCCACCCGAUCUGAGCGCGUUCGCGAAACGCGUCGCGGACGUGUUGAUGGAGUCGAAGUCCAAGUAUCAGCCACUUCCGACGAACCACAGGAGGAGGAAUACCGUGACCGUCGACUUGAGGGCCGGGAUUGACCCAGAGACCCUGUCAAGGAACAUCAAAAGGCGUCGCACUGUUGCACCGCAGCCAGACCACAGCGAGGAUCAUCCCGAUGGGAAUGACGCCGGCGACGUGUCCAUGCGCUGUUCGUCGCCGAGCGAGAUGAGCGAUUGGGACUUCCAAGUUCCACCCUCGCCCGCCACUCAUGGCCGCCAGCGGACAUUGAGUCUCCGCAGCACCCAGUCUCGCGAGACCGUCAUGUCGGAGGAUGCCAUCCUCAAGGUUGACGAGGAGAAGGCGCUGAAUUUCGUGAGCAAGAUAUGCCAGAAGCGACUUCGUCAGCACCGUCGUCAGAUGUCUCAAGCAGACUUGAUGCCGCCGCCUCCACUGCCGAGCGAAGCGAGCCCGAGAAAGCGUCGUCUUUCAUCUGACUAGCUGGGUGUGUUUUGGCCUCUUGGUCAUGACUUACGACCUUACGCACUCCUACCUUGUGGCACCGCAUUCGCCAUCCAAAAAUCUCGCAUACCAACGAAUUUUCAUGCUUCCCUCAUGCUCUAUGCUUCCGGUCAUUGUUGUAAUCUGGAAUCUCCUGAUGU